AUGGGCUCUGUUCCAGAUACCUUUGACCGACCGGUACACAUCGCCGUCAUUGGCGGUACUGGUCUCUCCAAGAUUGAGGGGUUUGACCCCAUCGCCACCCUCAAUCCCAAGACCCCCUGGGGCUACCCUGCCUCCCCGAUCCAGAUCGUAGAGCACAACGGGGUGCCCAUCGCUUUCCUCGCCCGCCAUGGCAUCCACCACCAGUAUGCGCCCCACGAGGUGCCGUCACGCGCUAGCAUUGCUGCUCUCCGCCACAUCGGCGUCCGUACCGUCAUCGCCUUCAGCGCCGUGGGCUCCCUCCAGGAGGAGGUCAAGCCCAUGGACUUUGUCGUCCCGGACCAGGUCAUCGACCGCACCAAGGGAGUCCGCCCUUUCACCUUCUUCGAGGGCGGACUCGUGGGCCACGUGGGCUUCGCGGAUCCGUUUGAUGCCAAGAUUGCGCAAGUCGUCAAGCAAUGCGCCGAGGCGAUGGAGGGCGACGGUGUGAUCCUGCACGAGAAGGGUACCCUCAUCUGCAUGGAGGGACCUCAAUUCUCCACUCGGGCCGAGUCCAACAUGUAUCGUUCUUGGGGCGGUACCGUUAUCAACAUGUCGGUCUUGCCAGAGGCGAAGCUUGCCCGCGAGGCCGAGAUGGCCUACCAGAUGAUCUGCAUGGCGACCGACUACGACUGCUGGCAUAGUACCGAGGAUGUUGACGUCGCCAUGGUCAUGAAGUAUAUGGCUGCCAACAGCCAGAAUGCCAAGCGGCUCAUCGGCGCCGUUCUCGAUGAGCUAUCGAAACAUGACAACAGUGACAUGGUCCUCGCUAAGCAUUGGGAAGGCGCCAGCGUGGGUGCUGUGUCGUUCAUGACGAAACCCGAGGGCCGUAACCCUGAGGCGCUGAGGAGCGUUCAAUACCUCUUUCCCGGUUUCCUGAAGCAGUAG